AUGGCCGAACACCAUCACCACCAUCAUCAUCAUCAUGAUUAUGCGCAGGCAAAUGCCGAUCAUUUUAGUGAAAAAUCACGUGAUUACACCACUGAAUUUUCCACCGAAAUAGGCAAACGAUGUGCAUCAGCUAUUUUGAAAAGUUAUCCGUUCGAUCCAAGUCAAACUGAAGUUUUGGAUUUUGCUUGUGGUCCUGGUCUUGUCUCAUUCCAACUUUUACCACAUGCGAAGAAAAUUAUUGGUGCUGAUUUAGCAUCGGGAAUGGUCGAUGUUUUCAAUGAAAAUGCCAAACAACAAGGCUUUUCACCCGACAAGUUACAAUGUAUUCAAACGGAUAUUUUAAAAGACGACAGUAAAGAGCUCGAUGGUGUACUUUUCGAUGUGAUUAUUUGUACGCAAGCGUAUCACCAUUUUCCCGAUACAACUCAAGUGACUCGUAUGCUUGCUAAACGAUUGAAACCAAAAGGGCGUCUCAUCAUCGUUGACUUCAUUCAAGACAAAGACAUAGAACAAUUUUUCGGACGUCUACACGAUAGUAACCAUGCGCAUAUCGUCGCUCACAAACGUGGAUUCGCCUCCGACGAAAUCAUUAAUAUGUUCAAAGCAGUGGACUUGCAAAAUCCUAAAUUUGAGACUGCAUUUCAAAUGUCUAAAUCGGAAAUGAAAAGUUAUCCAGGGCACGAAGUAUUCGGCAAAAUCAUGCAAGGUGAUGAGGACUUCAUAUUCAAAUAUUUUGUUGCAUAUGCAGACAGAGCUUAA